UGAAUUUCCCCAAAAAUAUAAAUGUGACAUAAAUUCUAGAAGAAUAGAGAGAUUAGAUACAUAGAGCAAUUUGGGUAGGAGGCUUUGAAAUCCCCACUCCACGCCAUCCGAAUUAAACAGAACGGCAAGGAAGUGUCGAUGGUCAUGUGGAAUAGAGCCAGUACUCAACUCAGAACAUACAAAAGAUGGUUCUCAAGCGACUCGACGCGAAGAACAUAUGCAGCGCUCUGGGGGAAUGGGGAUUUUGGGAGGUUGGGUUUGGGGAAUUUGGAUUCUCAGUGGAGGCCUAGACUUCUUCCUCCCUCUGCUUUUGGAAAUCAUGGCCUCAAAUCCAUUGCCUGUGGUGGAGCUCACACCCUCUUCUUAACAGAAACUGGGCGUGUUUAUGCCACUGGUCUUAAUGAUUUCGGACAGCUUGGUAUAUCAGGCAAUGAUAAUUAUACUAUGGAGCCUAUUGAAGUUUCUGGACUUAAGAAGGAAGCUGUGCAAAUUUCAGCUGGUUAUCAUCACUCUUGUGCUAUUACAGCGGAUGGGGAGCUCUACAUGUGGGGAAGGAACUCAAAUGGACAGCUGGGCCUUGGAAAAAAGGGGCAAAGUGUAGUUCCUUUACCAACAAAAGUGGAAUGCUUGAGUGGGCUCACUAUUAAAAUGGUUGCUUUGGCCUCUGAACACUCAAUUGGUGUUACUGUUGGAGGUGAGGCAUUAAGUUGGGGAGGGGGAGGUUCUGGACAACUUGGUCAUGGCAAUCAAUCAAGCAUCUUAGGGUUUUUGAGGAGCACCAGUGAGUAUACACCAAGGCGUAUUACAAAACUAGAGGGAGUUAAGGUUAAAAAUGUUGCUGCUGGGUUCCUUCAUUCAGCUUGCGUUGAUGCAAAUGGCUCCAUUUUUGUAUUUGGUGAAAGAGCAAUUGGUAGAUUGGGUUUUGGAGAGGCAAAUAAUGCUGCAACACCAUCCAUGAUAGCUGAAUGUCCAUGGUCCAAAGAAGUUGCAUGUGGUGGAUAUCACACAUGUGUUAUCACAAGUGGUGGAGAACUGUAUGCUUGGGGAUCCAACGAAAAUGGUUGCCUUGGUGUCGGUUCUACUAACGCCUUUCAUUUACCAGAAAGAGUUGAAGGUCCUUUUUCAAGAUCUCCGGUUGAAAAGGUCUCCUGUGGUUGGAAGCACACAGCUGCAAUUUCUGGCAACAUCUACACCUGGGGUUGGGGAGGUUCUCAUGGAUCAUUUUCUGAAGAUGGGCAUUCUUCUGGCGGACAAUUGCAUUUGCAUACAGGGCCAUGGGAGUGAUGUCGACUACGGGAAUCCCACAAUGGUCACAUUUGAAAAGAAUGUGAAAGCUCUGCAAGUGUCUUGUGGAUUCAAUCACACAGGUGCCAUACUUGAGAGCGCUGAAACUUAGGCCAGUCUCUUCUUUUGUGCAUGCGUGUCUCUUUGAUUUAUAAAGACAACUUAAUGUUGCAUUUUUUUUUUGUAUGUAUUUUCUAAUAAAUUUAUAUUAUAUGGAUAUAUGUGAUAAAAGGUUCAAUAAUAUACAAUACAAGUAGUGUUGAAUGUUAUAUAUUAACUUUUGACCAUUAAGAUCUUAUUUUGUAUAAA